AUGGCUCAAGCAAACUCGGCCUGGGGUUUCUAUCUCAUUGAAAACUACGACCCCUCGACCCCCAUACCCGUCCUGGCCGACCGCUUCAUCUCUCUCGGCGACGAGGGCCGCAAACCCUACUACACCUCCUACCUCUCCCUGCGAAGCACCCCCAUCACCGACUUUCCCACCCUGCCCUGUACCUAUCAGACCCCGCAGGAGCGCAACCCGCCUCAGGGGCAGCCCAUCUCCGUGCGGACAUACUACGGCGACGAAGGCGGCAGCGGCAGCGGCAUUGACCGGCUACGGAACAUCAUCGGCGACGCUACCUUUGACGACGUGCGCUACGAGGGCCUGUCCUCGCGAGACUUCCUGAACCGCAUCCCGCAAAAGAUUGAAGCAUACGGGUUCGAUCGCGAGGGGAACCAGUUCCUCCUCGACCCUGCGGACAAUGAGCCCGACUACUCUGACCCAGACAGCGACCCCGACUCCGAAGACGACGGCUCGGAUAUCCCCCAGCGCGUGCUAAUCAUCGAGUAUGACCGGGAGGCGCAGACAACGGGCUGGGUGAAGGUCACUGCGUUUGGUGCCAGCGGCGAGGUCGCGCUCGAGAACAGGAUCAAGGCUGGUAAGCUAGGCGACGCGGUCGGGGCGUUUGCGAGCGGCGUUUCUCUGGCUGAGCAUAGCGGGGGAUGGGGCAAGGUAGGGAAGGGCGAUGGAUGGGAUGUGGAGGACUGGGGGAUGGGCCAUGGUGUCUUGCCGCCUGGCCUUCAGGAGAUAUACGAUGCGCAGCGGCGUGGGGCGGAGGCCGCUUCAGGGCAACAGGCGUGA